AUGUCUCCAGUUAUCCUUCACCUUAGAGCUGAAACCAAGCCUUUAGAAAAGAGAGCAGCCUUGACUCCAAAGACCACCAAGGAGUUGCUUGACGCUGGCUUCGAAAUCUACGUUGAAGAGUCGCUGCAAUCCAUUUUCGACACCAAGGAGUACGAGGCCGUUGGUGCCACCAUCGUGCCAGAAGGCUCGUGGAAGAAUGCUCCAACCGACAGAAUCAUCUUUGGAUUGAAGGAACUUCCAGAAAACGAAACGUUCCCCUUGGUUCACGAACACAUCCAGUUUGCUCACUGUUACAAGGACCAAGCUGGCUGGAAAGACGUCUUGAAGAGAUUCCCAGAGGGUAAGGGAACCUUGUACGACAUCGAGUUCUUGGAAAAUGAACAAGGUAGAAGAGUCGCUGCCUUUGGAUUCUACGCUGGUUUCGCAGGUGCUGCAAUUGGUGUUAAGGACUGGGCUUUCAAGAUCAUCAGUGGUGAUGACUCUGCAGACUUACCAGGUGUCACUGCCUACGCCAACGAAGACCUUCUCAUCGAGGAGAUUAAGAGCGAUCUUAAGUUGGCCUUGGCCAAGAACGGCGGUGUAUACCCAACCUGUCUUGUUAUCGGUGCUCUCGGUAGAUGUGGUUCUGGUGCCAUUGACCUUUUCCAAAAGGUUGGUAUCCCAGACGAAAACUUGAUCAAGUGGGAUAUGAAGGAAACCGCCCCAGGUGGGCCAUUCAAGGAGAUCGUGCUGUCUGACAUUUUCAUUAACUGUAUCUACUUGUCUCAGCCAAUUCCUCCAUUUAUCAGCUACGAGACCUUGAACGUACCAGACAGAAAGUUGACCACCAUCGUUGAUGUUUCUGCUGACACCACCAACCCACACAACCCAAUCCCAGUGUAUGAGAUUGCCACUACUUUUGAUUCCCCAACUGUCCCAGUCAAGACCACCGUCGGUCCAAAAUUGUCUGUCUGCUCCAUAGAUCACUUGCCAAGUUUGUUACCAAGAGAAGCUUCGGAAUUCUUCGUCAGGGACUUGAUGGCAUCUUUGAAAGAAUUGCCUGAAAGAGACACUGCCUCCGUCUGGGUCAAGGCCAAGAAGUUGUUCGAGAAACACGUUGAAAGAUUGUAA